AUGGAUCCUUUCUCCUCCGCCACGAUUGCACGGCAGACAUGGGAGCUGGAGAACAACAUCGUGGACGCCGCCGUCGUCGCCGCCGACUCCUCUUCGGCGUCGUCCUCCUCCGCGUCGGACGCCAUCUUCUACUACGACGAGGCGGCCCAGGCCAAGUUCCAGCAGGAGAAGCCUUGGACCAAUGACCCGCACUACUUCAAGCGCGUCAAGAUAUCGGCUCUCGCGCUCCUCAAGAUGGUCGUCCACGCGCGCUCCGGUGGCACGAUUGAGGUCAUGGGGCUUAUGCAGGGGAAGACCGACGGCGAUGCGAUUAUUGUCAUGGACGCUUUUGCCCUCCCCGUCGAGGGUACGGAGACUAGGGUUAACGCGCAGGCCGAUGCUUACGAGUAUAUGGUUGAUUAUUCGCAGACUAAUAAACAUGCGGGGCGUUUGGAAAAUGUAGUGGGAUGGUAUCAUUCCCAUCCGGGUUAUGGAUGUUGGCUUUCGGGUAUAGAUGUGUCCACACAAAUGCUUAACCAGCAAUUCCAGGAGCCAUUUUUAGCUGUUGUCAUUGACCCUACAAGGACAGUCUCUGCUGGAAAAGUUGAUAUUGGUGCUUUCAGAACAUACCCAGAAGGGUACAAGCCUCCAGAUGAGCCUGUUUCUGAGUAUCAGACAAUCCCCUUGAACAAAAUCGAGGACUUUGGAGUCCAUUGUAAACAGUAUUAUGCAUUGGACAUCACAUAUUUCAAAUCAUCUCUUGAUUGCCAUCUUUUGGAUCUACUCUGGAAUAAGUAUUGGGUGAACACACUUUCUUCUUCUCCAUUGCUUGGUAAUGGAGACUAUGUUGCUGGACAGAUCUCGGAUUUAGCCGAGAAGAUAGAGCAAGCUGAAAAUCAGUUGUCUCAUGCACGCUUUGGAUCCUUGAUUGCAACUCCUCAAAGAAAGAAAGAGGAAGAAUCUCAACUUUCUAAGAUCACCCGUGACAGUGCAAAGAUAACUGUGGAGCAGGUUCAUGGAUUGAUGUCCCAGGUCAUCAAGGACAUUCUUUUCAAUUCUGUACGGCAGUCCAACAAAUCUCAGGCAGAAUCUUCUGGUCCAGAACCCAUGGUUGAGAGCUGA